AAUAGCCAAUCAAAUUAUAGAUAAGGUGACGUUUACAUCGAGCAAAAUACACAGAAUGUCCACCACAUCUACUGUACUCUGACCACAAGCAGUAUGGGCUAGGAUGUGGACAAUGGUCUCCAAGUCUAGGGACAUCUCAUCACGAAAAUGGAUGUCUGCAACAAACUGCUCCCUCUUAUUAGUAAUCGUCUUCCUCUCCGGAUCUGUCAGUGAAGAGAUUUGUGGUAGAGAAGUCCAACCAGAGGUCCUUCAGAAACGCAUCCACAAAAACUCCAUUCCCAAAGGUGGGGCCUCCGCAGGGGUGUACACAAAGGACAAGGAUUCGACCAAUCAGUGGCUGUGUAUUGUGUCGUGUUGUCAAGAUUCUUCUGUAUGUGACUCUGCCUUUUUUCACAAAAAUACUUGCUACCUCAUCAAAUGCAAUCUGACUUACCCAGGAGGGUGUGAUGCCAUAACCAAGAACAGCGCAAAAUAUAAUGAUACCUACUACAUCAACGUCAGGGAUGUGGUGUAUCAACAAUGUGACUUGUUGAAUAACAAUGGCUGUAAGGAAGGGGAGGAGUGUAGGUACAGUUCUGAGGAUGGGGCCCCUCGCUGUGUGUGUAAGUCAGGCUACAUCCAGGACCAACUCGGCAACUGUGUGGCCCUGGCUGAUCCUGCCCUAGCUGACCCCGUGUCAAGUACUGGUGAGUGUGAGUACCCCCUGGACAACACUUGUCACCAGAAUGAGGAGUGUUACCUCCCUCCCCACACCCACAGGCGAGUGGGCACCUGUCGCUGUAAAGAGGGGUACCACCGCGAUGGUACCAACACCUGUGUGGCCUCGGACAGUAUAGGUAAAAACAAUAACACCAACACCACACUCUUACCGCCUACCACCAAGGCCGCGGUGGAUAGCUCCGUUGUGGUGUGCGAGUAUGGACUGGAUUCCUGCGGGAAGCAUCAGGAGUGUUACCUCCCUAAGAACUCACUGAAGCGGUCAGGGAUCUGUGUGUGUGUGGAGGGGUAUGUCAUGGGGACAGAUAACCAGUGUAUUCUCAAUGCCAGUACCACCCCGGUCCCAAAGACAACAACUCCAGAGGUCAUUCAGACAACCCCAAAAGUAACUAAGUUAUCAGUAUCAGCUGGGAAUACUGUAGAACUACAGCUACCUAAAGAUGAAACUGUCUUAACUUGCUUUGUUUUGGAGAAAGAAAACCCAGGAGAGAAAUUUCAGUAUGAAUGGUCCCUAAUUACCUCCCCUGAAGGUGCUGAGAUUGGCAAGAUGGUGGGAAAAAAUACAGACAAACUAACCAUUUCAAAUUUGAUAGCAGGUCUUUACACCUUUAAAAUUGAGGUCACAGGUGUAAACCAUGUUGGGGAGGCAUAUGUGAAUGUCACAGUGUUACCACCUGCCAGACAGAACAGUCCCCCAGUGGCUGUGAUCAAUCCCAAGGAACAAGUGGUCAAACUCCCAAACUCUGCCAUAUUGGAUGGCUCAGACAGCUCAGAUGAUGACAAGAUUGUAAAGUACCUGUGGGAGGAGAUGAGUGGACCGCUACAGGACCACAACCUGCAGGACGACCGCAACAUGCUGACCCUCAAAGACCUGGUCCCCGGGUACUACGUCUUCAAAUUGACAGUGACUGAUUCAGAUGGUGCUACUAAUUCAACUGUUGCCAAUGUUACUGUGAUAAAAGAAACAGACUAUCCUCCGAAGGCGGAUGCAGGAUCAGAUGUUGUGAUCCAUCUUCCGCAGGACUCCGUUAUUUUGUAUGGGAAUUCCAGCACUGAUGACAAAGGGAUCAAAAGUUAUGAGUGGAUUAAAUCAGCUGAAGACAAACUAACUGCUGACAUGACGGGGACCACUUCUCCAUAUUUACACCUGUCCAAGCUACAGGUAGGAGACUACACCUUUACAUUGAAAGUGACAGACACAGCAGACCAGGUGUCAACAGCCACUGUCCAUCUUUUCGUUAAGCCAGAUGUGAACACCCCUCCUGUGGCGGUCACUGCCGGUCAGCUGACCAAGAUUAUACCCCUGAAGGGCCUCGUUCUGGAUGGCAGAAACUCCACAGACGACAAGAAGAUUGACAGCUACUCUUGGGUACAGACUGGUGGUACUCCCACCCUGAAGAUUCUAAACAGUGAUACUGCAUUGGCAACAGCAGUAGGGGACAUAACUCCGGGCGAGUACAAAUUCACCCUAACUGUGGCUGACCAGGAAAAACUGAAGUCUUCUCAAGAUCUCACCAUUGUUGUGAAAGAAUUACCAAACAAGGCCCCGGUCAGCAAUGCCGGUGGGGAUAGAAUUGUCACCCUUCCUGUUAUCCUGGUGGAAAUUGACGGAUCCAAGUCCAUGGAUGACAAAAAGAUAGUCCGUUACAGCUGGGAGAGGGAUGACAAAAGCCUGGCUGCUGGGGAUGUGUUGAAUGGCUCUGAUCAUGGAGCUGUGUUACAGCUGGUUAAUUUGGUAGCAGGGAAGUACAUCUUUAAGCUGACUGUGUUUGAUGCAGAAGGACUGUCCAGCUCAGAUACAGCCAACCUACAUGUCAAAGAAGAUCCUCAUAAGAAGGACUUGCUAGAGUUGACUCUGGACACAAACUUAGAGGAGUUCACAGUGGAGGACAAGGAGAACCUGAGGAGCCAGCUGUCCUCAAUGUUACCCAAAUCACAGAACGGGGACGUCAGUGCAGAGAUACAGACCCUUCACAAGUCUCCUAGCUCUCUGUUGCAUAUCACUUUCUAUAUGACUGACAUAAGGAAAGAGUCUCGGAACAUAAAACCUGGUCCGGAGACGAGCAAACUAUUAAAGGAGCAGCUGGAGUCCUCUAACUACCAUAUACUCAAUUAUAAAGUCCUCUCUCUGGAUACGAUAGUUUGCCAAAACAAUUGUUCUGGGCAUGGCUUCUGUGAUAACAAGUCAAAACGUUGUGUGUGUGAUGCCUUCUGGAUGCAAAACUUCUUUUUAUUCAAUGUCAUGAAUGGGGAGAGCAAUUGUGAUUGGAGUGUUUUGUACUUCAUCAUUGUACUUUUUCUACUGGUUGUGGCCCUGGCAGCUAUAGUAUGGGGAGCUAUCUGCUGGAUCAAAAAACGGAGAUGCAGAUGCUAUAAAUGGAAGACAAAAAAGAGACAUAGAUAUUCUCUACUGCAGGAGGUAGAUGAUGCUAAAGAUGAAAUCAAACUGCUGCCAAAAGGUAAAACCCAGAACAGCAGUGUGAUGAUGUCAGAGUCCGACCUCACAACAGAUGAAGAAGAGACAUUGUUUAUCAACACUAAAAAGACUAACGGCUUCAUCCAGAAACCUCUCAAUGGAGUAUCAAAACACAUCAAGACCAAGCUACGGGCCUAGCAGAAAACUGGAGAUAGUUGGUCCUAGGUUAUUACCUAUAGAUAAGAUUCUAUGAUUUAAUAUGUGGCUAUUCUUGACUACAUAAUGGUGCAAUUUCAAGUGUGUACAAAAACAGUUGGGGUUUAUAUUUUUGUGAAUUCCAUGUGGGAUAUUUAUUUUAAUCAUGUCAUGGUGUUAAGAAUUAUCAUUAUGUAAUAUUAUGCUCAACCUUAUGAUUGACAACCAUUCCAUACAUUUCCAUUUCCAUGAGUCAGUAGGUGUUAAGUAUAAAUAGAGUGCAGGUAUAUACAUUUAUUUACAUUUUUUAAUGUCUUUUCCUCUGAUAACACUGCAUAUUGAUUUUGUACUAUACAGUCCAAUAAUUACAAAUGACGUGUAAUUGGGGGCACAAGCAAGGUUUGCUUAUUUUUAUUCAAAUUUUUAAUCAUACAAUUGCUGAAAAUUAUAUAAAUAUAAGUAAUAAGGAAUCAUUCUUUGAAUAUUAUGAGGUGAUGAUUUCGGUCGGGGCGUGAUCAAAUCUAUCAUAAAGCCCUUCGGGCUUUAUUGGAUUUGAUCACGCCCCGACCAAAAUGAUCACCUGAUAAUACUCAAGGAAUGAUUCCUUAUUCCCUAAGUAAGAUCUAGCCCAUUAAUACUCAGCUAUAUUUAACAACUGCAUACUUUAAAUAGCUAAAAAUUGAAGUAAAAAUUGAGCAUUCUUGCAUUGAAAUUAAAUUAUUGCUCAUAUGGAUCAUUUAUCAAAGAUGAUUUUUUUCUAAAGACAUUUCAAAAUCAUAAUUUACAGGUAUAUAGAAUGAAAUCUAGCCACAUGCAAUAUGCUAUUAAUAUAUAUUAAUAAUCAGAUGAUUUUUGGUUAUCAUGAUAACAGAUUGUGUGUUGGGGAAAAAGCAAAAUUUCUACAAUAAAUUUCUCAUUUUAGAGGGGGGAGAUUAUUUAUUUCAAGCUUAUUUGUCAACAUUAAUGAUGUGUAUAUUUAAUAUUUAUUGACUUAAUUUGGCAUUAAGAAUGAAAUUGAAAUGGUUAGUGAAUAUUUCAAAGAAAUACUAAGCACAGACUCCGUGAUCUCAAUUCCUGGUGCUGCAACUCACUAGGUUAAUUAAGGCAAUCAGUAUUUCCCUGUAAAUAAUCCCCUACUCCCAAUGUACAGGCCAGGCUUUCUCAAUCAGUAAAUCAGUCUGUGUCAGGGCACAGCUGUAGCUAACAGGAAGGAUAUUGGCAUGUCACAAAGCGGUCUGCAUUAUUUAUGUCAAAGUAAUUUUUUUUUUUGUUCUUGAUAGCAGUUUCAUGUAUUGAUUUUUUUUAAUAUUUUUUUUUUGCUUGAUAUUGAAAAUUUUGCGGUGAAAUUUUGUUUGGGUUCUGUUUUAUUUUAUUCAUUGGCAAAAAUUAUAUUUAUUUUUUACUGAGUAAAAAUAUCAGUUCAUGUAAUUAUUGAUAAAUUAAUUGGCCUCUAAGAAGCCAGCAAACAUUUAUUUUCUUUUUAUACAAAUUAAUGUGCUUUGUUUUGCAGUGGUUUUCAUACUUCUCUUUUUUUUGUAAAAAAAUAUAUGUACUGUACAUGUAUCUGCAGCUGUGUUAUUUUAAAACCCAACUAUCAUUGUAACUGUGUAACUUGAGACACUGAUUUUGUUUCAAAAUACUUGAUUCCAAAUUUCUUUAACUUGUUUUAGCUGUACAAGUUCAUUCCAACACAAAGCCUGUUGUUAUGGUAAUGGUCAUCACUUGUGGUUUCAUCUUUAAUCUGUUCUGUGCAACUAUUUUGAUGGACACAAAUUUUACAUUACGGUAUUUUACCAUAAUUUAAGAUUUUUUUACUUAAAGAUGGCUCAAAACUUGUUUCAAGUGCAUGAACCAUUGUCAGAUCAUAAGUGGUUAUAUUUGGGCAGCUUUUUCACUGCUUCUUUGCAAAUCUAAGUACACAAUAGUAUAUGAUUAAAGGCCAUGUAAGCUUGGCCUCCAACUGUACUUAUCCACAAUGGCUUUUGUCAAAUUGCAUUGAAUUUUGACGGUGAUACAUUAACAGUAGUACAUGUAUAUCAUAAACCAGUUCUGUACUGCAUUUGUUGAAGAAGAAAAAAGGAAACAAAUAUUUUGUGCAAUGAAUCCCACUUACUUGAAUACUCUCCAAACAUCUCUGCAUGUAACUACCUUGAUGGACAUUUGGGACAUACACACAUGGAUUUGUCAAGCACCAAAAAAUAUUUUUUUUGUUUAUGCAGAUGGGCUUUCAGCUUCGACACGUGCAUAAUGCAUAUGCAUAGAUUUGUGCAAUUGUUAUUAGUUUUGACCCUGAGAUUACUUACAAGUGUUCCCAUUUACUUUAACUAUGAUAUUAGUGGUACAUACAGAUUAAAAACUGAUAAGUGAUUUGCAGGGCUAAACCAAAAUGAUUGUACUUGUAAUUAAUUUGCAUUUGAUUUUAUUUUUGUUUUUGAUUUGUGGAAGUUAAUCUUAAUGCUAUUUGUUUCCAUCACUUCUGAGUUUGUUUGAUGUAGUCUUAUUUCAUAUGCAAAAAAUUAAGAGCUCUGGAUGUUCAACCAUAGCUGGUCCCAAUCAGCUCAUCAGAAUUUUUAUUUACAUUGAAAGGGGGGGGGGGGGAUAUAGGAUGUUUCAAGACAGAUGUAAUUGUAUGUUAAAAGAGGGGACGGGGUAAAUUAAGUUGUGAUAGUUUUGACCUUCUUUUGUGAUGAUUAUUUUCUAAUUCAUGUACCAUAUACAGUAGUUAUUAUUUUUACAUGUAUUUUUGAUUUUGUGGUUCGUUCUAUAAUACUGUAUACCGGGAAUUAUUCGCCCCCGUUUAAUUUUCACCACUUUUGCCCUCACUGUCAGCGGGCAAAUUUAAUGCUGAAUGAAUACCAAUGUCUCACAUUAUCUCUCUUUAAUCUAAUUAGACGAAUUCAAAAUGGGGCAAAACUGAUUACUGUAGGAGGGUGAAAAUUACACAGGGCAAAAAUAACCCUGUAUACAGUAAUUCGUGCUUGUCUAUCAUCCUAGUACUAUUUUUCUGCUGUAACAGUAUGUUGACAUGAAAUCCAAGAUGGUGGUCUGGUGUUAUAUCAAGUUAUAUUGUGAUUGUUCAUUGUUGAUGAUUGUUCUUUUGUACCUAUAGAUUGUAAAACCAAUAUGCAUAAACAGUUUGAAAGGAAAAGUAAGGUAUUGAUUUUUUUUUAGUUUUUAGAUUUCAUUUAAAAUUGAUGAAGAAGAAGACCACACAUUUUUGGGUUUAUUUAUUUGCAAUCUGUUGUGAUUUCUAUUUAUUUCGGUUAUUCAAUGAUUGUUUAAUUUAUAAAUUGGGAUCCCCCACAAAGUUAUUGUAUACAUUCCAGGUUUAUUAUAUAUUUGAGGUGUUAUUUUGAUGUUAAACCUCAGUUAGAUUUGGCUUUGAAAAAAGUGACAUGGUGAGAUUAAAGGGGGAAAACUCUGCAAUAUUGAUUACAGAUUUUUCAAAGAGCAUAUAUAUAUAUAGAUCUCUUCUAAUUUUUUUUACUCAAUUUAAUUAUAUUUACCAUGAUGUUAUACACAAUUUAAAGCAAUGUAAUAUUAUCCUCUAUUUCUCUUUCCAAGAUGUUAGUUCAAUUUUUCUGGCAUUCCCUAUUUCAUUCUAAAGAUACUUUUGUUUAGUUUCUUUUAUCUGGGUUUUGUCGCGAAAAGUAUAUUUCGCAAAACGGUAUAUAUAAAUAUAUAAUAUAUAUGACUCAAAGUACAAAAUAUUUUAGCAUUGCUAUGAUUAGAGUCUUCUAAUUCUUACCAUACAUUUUUCAAACUUUUAUUAUAUUUACGGUAUUUGCCUUUAAUUAAGAUAAAUAUAUGUUAUGAUAUUGAUGUUAUUUAAAUUGUACUAUAGGUGUUAAAGAUUGCUGACAUUUUAUCAACCAUAAGAUAUAAUAUAACUACAGAAUCUAUACAGUGUGCCUUUGUUUGGAGAAUUAUUUUUUUUUUGUGUUAAAAGAUGAAUUGCAUAGAUAAAUGUCACAAUUAUCAUAAUGCAUUCACUGGAUUAUAAUAGUUCACUUUGUUAUGUCGAUUGAUUUCACAACAGGUCAGUUAUUUCUGCACUAAUUUGUAUAUUCUCUUCUUUUAAGUUCCUUGAUUUCAUUCAGUUUUGUGUGCAAGUUUAUGAGAUGACUACAAAAAAUAGAUACAAUAUAUACUGUACAUUUC